UGCUUGUCUCUUUUUUGGAAGACUUGGUCUGUUUGCUGAGCAGGCUAACCAUUUUCUGUGGCUUACUGACACCAGGUAGUUGUAGGCUCCGAUACCCUUAAGAUGUGUAAUAGAGCCUGCUGCUUCAGUGUAAAAGAUGCAACAUUAAGGCCUCUUUGGACACAGAGCACUUGACCCAACUGCUGCAGUAGCAAGAUCUCUGCUACCAUGGUUAGAAGAGGGUUAUAAUGCUUGCAAAAGGAAGGAGUGAGCAUUAGCCCAGGAAGCAUCAGUUGUCCUGCAUUGGGGUCUCCAAGACAACUCCAAAACAUUGCCAAUGGAUGAACUGGUGCAUGACUUGGCCUCAGCCUUAGAGCAGACUUCAGAACAAAACAAGCUGGAUGAGCUAUGGGAAGAGAUGGCCCUAAGCCCACGGCAACAGCGGCGUCAGCUUCGCAAGAGACGGGGUCGUAAACGCCGCUCAGACUUCACGCAUCAGGCAGAGCAUGCCUGCUGCUUCAGCGAGGCCUCAGAGUCAAGCUUGGACGAAGCUGUCAAGGAUUGCCGUGAGGUGCUGACAGCCAAUUUCAGUGACUCUGAUGACACAGGGGUGGUCAAACGACACCCUGCUCUUAAUGCCACCCUGAGAAGCAAGCAACACUCAUGGCAUGAGUCAGAUUCCUUUACAGAGAACGCGCCCUGUCGACCUCUCAGGCGCCGACGGAAAGUCAAACGUGUGACAUCGGAGGUGGCUGCCAGUCUCCAGCAAAAGCUUAGGGUGUCAGAAUGGAGUUAUGAGAGGGGCUGCAGGUUCAAAUCAGCCAAGAAACAGCGUCUUUCACGCUGGAAAGAAAACGCCCCUUGGACAUCAUCCAGUCACAGCCUUUGUGAAUCAGGAGAGAACAGGCCCUUCCUCAGCAAAGGGGGAAGGAAGGAGCGGAUGGAGUGUGAAGCUGGUGAACAGAAACAGGGCUCAGAUGAAAACAUGUCAGAAUGUGAAACCAGCAGUGUAUGCAGCAGCAGUGAUACUGGCCUGUUUACCAAUGAUGAGGGCCGUCAAGGAGAUGAUGAGCAAAGUGAUUGGUUUUAUGAAGGAGAAUGUGUUCCAGGAUUCACUGUCCCCAACCUUCUUCCCAAGUGGGGAGCUGACCACCGAUCUGAAGUGGAACGUAUUGACUCUGGCCUGGAGAAGCUCUCGGAUUCCAUGUUCCUUUUGCCCUCACGGCCAGCUCAGAGAGGAUUUCAUGCUCGCCUGAAUCGCCUUCCAGGAGCUGCUGCCCGUUGUCUCCGAAAAGGUCGGAGAAGGCUUGUUGGCAAGGAGACCUCCAUGAGCACUCUGGGCACCGAGAGGCUAGGUCAUAUUGUUAGUGAUCCACGCCAGAAAGAAAAGAAUAAAGUGCCGGCUUCCGAUUUCCCGCACACUGUGGCCUGUGCACAUGAGCUGCAGUGUUACUUCACUGACAGUAAACUAACAGUCCAGCUUGAGGAGAAGCUCCCCGUCAGCAGCAGCUUUGUCGUGCAUAGUGCCUGUUCCUUCUCAGAAAUGUUGAAGGUAAAGGCCUGGGACUGAGUUCUGGAGUUGCAGAUAGCUUUUAUGAUGAGGUCUGCUACAGCUGUGGAUUAUUAGUUUGUCCUUAUUUAAAAUGCAUCAGCAAUCCUAGUAAUACAAGAAAGGUGUUCUGGAGGUUGGGGUAGCACUUUGCAAAGCAGAUGGAAAUUAAUUUCCUGCUUUAGGUGUGAAUUAUGAAUAAAGAGUAAAUGCUGAAUGGAAGUGUGAUGCAGGUACCCCAGAGAAACUAUCAGUCUAAACCUUAUAUUUGCAUAUUGAGCAAAGUUUGCUUCAUGCAUUGUUUGACUAGAUUACUCAGUUUCUGUCCUGACCUUUAAAACGAAAAACAACUUCAGAGUUGCAUCUUCUACAAUAAGCUGUUUUGCACAGGUUUAAUGCUUUCAGGAUUUGUCUAAUCUUAGGAUCUAAGGCUAGCCUGACUCUGCAGUGUUUGAGAAAUCUGUUUAAAGCAGUUUGCAGAGAAACCGUGUGAGGUGGGUUGGGAGUGGGAGGAGGAGCUCACUUGCUGUGGAAUGAAUUGGGAGCUCCUUGUGAACUGAACCUGGUGGGCCCAAGUCUUUUAGAAGUUUGUUUCAGUGAUCCAUGCAACCAUAGAGAAUACCAGAACUUCUCUGUGGGAAGUGGGAAGAAACUAACUUUUCUCUCUACAAUGUGAUGGUAGACAUAGGCUUCAUGAACGGGAGGCAGACUUUUUGCUUAUGGCAUGCAGCAGUAGAACACUUUGAGUAUGCUCAAAGUUGACCGUCAUUUUUAAUAAUCUAAGUUGAAAGAGGAGCAUGCUUAUAACGCUGUCUGUUGUGAGAAGAUGGUUAUGAGAUUUGCACCCUGUGCUUGCUUUUUGUCUGAAGUGAGAGUCAGUCCUCACCUUGUCUCACCCUUGAUGUGUCGGAAAGGUCUCCUUAUACUUGUAUGAACAACUAUAGGGAAUAGAUCUGAGUGGCUGUACCUGAAGAUUCUUGCUUUUAAUGCUUUGCUUAAAUAAAAUCUCUUGACU